UCUCUCUCCCCCAUAGAGCGCAGCAUGAGCGCUCCGCAGCAAAAGGAUGUGUGAGCAGGCAGCGCGCUACUGUAGGGACGGAGUCCACAAACUGCUCAACAAAGAACAAGCCAAACUUCGAGCCCAGGAAAGCCGCGACCAGCCGAAACCCGUAGCCGGUCAGGACAGCGAGUCCGCGACGGCAGCGCAGUCCGGAAACAGCGGCGCCCAGCCCGGUGGAAUCGACGGGCUCGUCCGCUGGAUCGUCACCAAAAUGAGCGACAACAAGAACAUCUCCAGCCGGGAGUACGCCUCCAGCAAGGAGGAGGUGGCCGUGGCUCAGGAGCAGUUCUUCGCCCCGGAACCGCGCAGAGGCAUCUCCGUUAUUCUGGAUAUAUUCAGAAGAGCCGACAAAGACGAUGACGGGAAGCUGUCUCUGGACGAGUUCCAGGCCUUCUUCUCCGACGGCACGCUGAACGAGGAGGAGCUGGAGAAGCUGUUUCACACCAUCGACUCUGAUAACACCAGUAAUGUUGACACUAAGGAACUGUGCGAUUACUUCGCCAAGCACAUGGGGGACUACGAGGGAGUUCUGGCCUCAUUGGAAACACUCAACCUUUCCAUCCUCAAAGCCAUGGACUUCACCAAAAAGGUCUACGAGAGAGGAACCAACGUGGAGCAGUUUGUGACCCGUUUCCUGCUGAAGGAAUCGGCCAAUCAGAUCCAGUCUCUCCUGAAUUCGGUGGAAAGCGCAGUGGACGCCAUUGAUGAGCAGCACAGCCAAUCAGGUCAUUUACCUGCCAAAGUGAGUCCACGCGUGUCAGACAAGCGCCAAGAAAACGCCGUCCCUGACUACCCGCCUAACAACAGAGUCAGCGCCAGGGAGGCUGUCAGGACCAUCAACACUGCCUCAGGUGCAGUGGAGGUGAGGAAAGAAGGCCUGGAGGCUCAGAUCAACCGCCUGGCUGAACUGAUCGGACGGCUGGAGAACAAGACGGUCUGGUUUGACCUGCACCAGAGGCUAACAGACACAGAUGGCACCACCAGCGCAUCCUUGCUGCUGAUUCGUCAGGAGAUGGUGGUUUCCCAGAAGAAGCUCGGCGACUUCUGCGAGGCUCUGAAGCAGUACCUGAAGAACGUCUCGGCUCAGAGAGACUGCUUCCAUGUGACCGCGGUGCGCCUGCCGGAUGGUUUGUCCUUCGUCGUCUACGAAUUCUGGGAUGGAGAGGAGGAGUGGAAGAGGCACCUCCAGUCGGCCCCCAACAAAGCCUUUCAGCAUGUGAAGGUGGAUACACUGUGCCAGCCGGAGGCCGUGUCUUCUGUAGCCGUGCCAGCCGCCUGGUGCAGUGUGAACAGGGACUGAGCAUGAAGAUAUUCAACUACACGCCAAGACUCCCGGACACUCCCCACUUGGUCUUUAACCCCUCCCUCCUCCUCUUAAUCCUCGUCCCUUUGCGUC